AGACUUUAGUCGAUCAAAAAUGUAUAAGUCACAUAUCUAUUGAAUUAUCUGUCAAACUAAAAUAGUGACUUGUGUGUUGGAAUGGAAGGCUGUCGCAGUUGUUUUGAUACGAAUUAUGCAAUAAAGUUGUGAUAGUCGUGUGUAAUUGUUAUUGCGACACACAUCAAACAAUGUCUCAGGAUACGGAUCUCAUAAUAUCAGUGCCGCGUUCCCGUAUCAAUGAAUUUUAUUGUAAAUAUUAUAAUUUAGUUGAAACAUUUUACUGUGUCACACUGUCUGAGAGUAAAUUGUGUCCCGCGAAUGAAAAACCUGAUUAUGUGUAUUUCAACGUCACUUUUAACUUGAAUCCAGCAGAUGGAAGUUUUAAUCCUAAGGAGUUAGUAGGAAGAAUCCAGAAAUAUGUGGAGUCAUCGUUGGGGUGGGCUGUGGAGCGAGGCGAGGACUCUAGCUAUGACUCGGAGUGUGAGGACGAGAGCGCGCACAGGGCGGCCUCACGGACCCCCUCGGACACACUCGCCGCCGAGUUCGCGGAGUAUGUCACACUCACACCAACACCACCCAACCAGGCAAAGAUCGAGUUUGCCAUGAAGUUGGGUUACUCUGAGCGUUUGGCGCGGACGGCGCUGCAGCGGCUGGGCCCGGACCCGCCCUGCAACGAGCUGCUGGCGGAGCUGAUCAAGCUGGCCGCCAAGCAGCCGCCGCGCGCGCUGUCUCCCGCGCCGCCCGCCGAGCCCGAGGCCGCCGAGCGGGGCGCGCUCAGGCACAUCGUCAUCGAUGGCAGCAAUGUCGCUAUGAGUCACGGCAACAAGGAGGUAUUUUCGUGCCGCGGCAUCGAGAUCUGCGUGGAGUGGUUCCGCGCGCGCGGCCACCGCGAGAUCACCGCCUUCGUGCCCAAGUGGCGCAAGGAGGCGUCGCGCCCCAACAACCCCAUCGCCGAGCGCGACGCGCUGGAGCGGCUCGAGCGCGAGCGCGUGCUCGUGUACACGCCCAGCCGGCUGCUCGGCGGCAAGCGGCUCGUCUGCUACGACGACCGCUACAUCCUGCGCCUCGCCGCCGAGACCGACGGCAUCGUCGUCUCCAACGAUAACUACCGCGACCUCGCCAGUGAAAAUCCAGAGUUUCGGAAAGUCGUAGAAGAGCGGCUGCUCAUGUACUCAUUCGUCAACGACCGUUUCAUGCCACCGGACGAUCCUCUUGGUCGCUCUGGACCUACGCUGGACGCGUUCCUGCGCGCGCCCGCCACUCGCGUGGAGCCUCCACCCGCCUGCCCUUACGGCCGCAAGUGCACGUACGGCAACAAGUGCAAGUUCCACCACCCCGAGCGCGCCGGCCGCCCGCAUAAGUCUGUCGCGGAGAAGCUUUCUGAGCGGGCCGCCAAGACCCUGCGAGCACGUGACUUACACACUGUGAGCCUACCGCCCGGCGGCCGCCCCGCUGAUGUUAAGCGGCAGCUCGCACGAGCUCAAUCCGCUGCUCCACGACUCGCAGAUCCUACGCUGGCGACGCACUUCGACCGCGCGCAAGUGGCAGGACCCUCGCAGCCGCCGCCGCCCGAUGUCAACACGCACCGUAAGCUGGCUCGCCAGCUCACGCUGAACCCGAGCUGCGACCCGCGGUUGCAAGCGCACUCGCUGGCGGCGCGCGUGGCUAGCGCGCCGGGCGGGGCGGCGGCGGGUCUGCUGGCGCCGCGCGUGGCCCCGGCCGCGUCGGACGGCGCGCUGCAGCACUGGGACGCGCGGCGCCGCAUGCACUACCACCUGGCCGGCAUCUUCCCCGAGGCGCAGGUGGCGGCGGCCAUGGCGGCCUACCCGGACGAGACGGACGCGCAGACCAUGUGCGCCAUCAUCCUGGCGCGCUACCGGCCCAGCGAGGCGCCGCCGCCGCGCGCUCCGCACUGACCGCGCUCACACACAACUACUCCCGGUUUUCGAUAUAAAUCGGCCCAGUAGACAUCCGCACAGCGCGGGCCGGGCCAGGCCUCGCCCGCGUCAGGCGCGCUCGGGCCGGCGCGGCGUUCCGGCGUAACAAUGAUUAAAUAGGCAUUUAUAUUAUGUACAUAUUCUAAGAUCGGCAUACGCUUCUGAGAAGUGAAUGCUGGUAAUUAAUUAAUAAUAAUAUAAAUUUUUAUCUUAAUCUUUUCUGAUCAAGUUAUAUCACUUCGGUCAGUGUCAGGAUAGAGUACAUGGAUAUCUAUUUAAGUUAAUAUAUAUCUGAAUUGUUCACUAACUUCCGAAAUUUAGAAUUUCAUUUAUAUGUAUAAAGAACAAGUAUUCCGUAGGUCAAGAACCAGUCCCGACGUCUAUCCAUCGAGAACAUUUUUCCCUUUUCAUAGACUGACUUGUCUGGAGAAUGAUUAAACUGUGAAUAAGACUGUACAACAUAGGUCUUUGAGAGUAAUUGAAUCGGGUCUGCUCUACGAGUCUCUUGGAAUUUACUUCCAUCGGAUCCGAUUGUAAAUACCUUUGGGAAUAAUAAACCUAAUAUAAAGUGUUAACAAGCUCACUAAGUCCUUGAGAUUGUGAUCACAUCAUCUUUUCUCCUACGUCGGUAUUCUAUACUCCUUGAGAUGGAGAAGAAAUGUACAAAUAUUUCCUUAUUUAGAGUCAUUUUGACAACUUGCUUAUUUCGUGAAGUAAGGCAGGAUUUAUUUCUUAUUACUUUCCAAUUACCUUUCAGUUAAUAGUUUCAGUUCUUUAUACGUAAUUUGUACGUAUAUGUCCUUCAUUGGUAUUUUAUAAUCAGUGCAAUUGACCUAUGUCACUCGGGUUUUUGUCCUAAUAAAUAAAUAAAGAGCAGUAUAUAUUUUUACAUUGAUAAAAUUGUUACAUGUUAUGACAUGAGAUUAAGAAGACAAUUAUUAUGAAUUAAUAAUAGCUAAACAUGUGAUUGUAUAAAUCAAUAUUGGUACCAUGUACCAAUUUUUAUUGUUAUCUUUAAGUUAGUAUAAAUACCUAGAUAUUAUAAAAUAAUAUACAGCUAUUUGCAAAGUAAAUUCGCUAUUUGAUGAUUUUAUAUUCAGUGUUUUUUGUAAUGCCUCUAUAGUUUGUGUGGGAACUAUAAAUAAACUUGUACCGUGGUAAUGUUUGCAUCCAGAUUUAGGCAGUUUCCACCAGAUACUAGUAACGAGCGAUGCUAAAAAAA